AUGCCCCGCAGCCUGCACGCCGCCGCCGUCCUCCUGCUCCUGUGCUUAAACGAACAGCCAGCCGCCUCGGCCCCGCUCCACGGAUCCAAGUGGAGCUAUUUUGUGAGGCUGAACCUGCCCUCGGACAUGCACAUCCAGGGCCUCCGGUCCCGCUACAGUGCCGCCCAGCUGCACCUGCACUGGGGGAACCAGAAUGACCCUCACGGCUCCGAGCACACUGUCGGUGGGAAGCACUUUGCUGCUGAGCUGCAUAUUGUCCAUUAUAACUCGGACCUGUAUGCCAACGCCAGCACCGCCAGUAACAAGUCAGAAGGCCUCGCCGUCCUAGCUGUUCUCAUAGAGAUGGGUUCCUUCAAUCCAUCUUAUGACAAGAUCUUCAGGCACCUUCAAGAUGUCAAAUACAAAGGCCAAGAAGUGCUCAUUCCGGGUUUCAGCAUUGAAGAGCUGCUUCCUGAGAGGCCUGACGAAUACUACCGCUACAAAGGCUCCCUGACCACACCUCCUUGCCACCCCACAGUGCUCUGGACGGUUUUCCGGAACCCUGUGCAAAUUUCCCAGGAGCAGCUGCUAGCUUUGGAGACUGCUCUGUACUGCACACAUGUGGAUGACCCAUCCCCCAGAGAGAUGGUCAACAAUUUCCGGCGGGUCCAGAACUUUGAUGAGAGACUGGUGUAUAUCUCUUUCCGACAAGGCAUCAUCCUUUCAGUGGCCCUGGCUGGCGUUCUUGGCAUCUGCGUUGUCCUGGCAGUGUCCAUUUGGCUUUUCAGAAGAAAGAAGAGUAAAAAAGGUGACAACAAAGGAGUCAUUUACAAACCGGCCAUCAAGAAGGAGACCGAAGCUCAUGCCUGA